ACAUUGAUUUUAUGUACUGCAACUUUGUUGAAUUCAUGUAUCAGUUCUAGCAGUUUUUGGUGGAAUCUUUUGGAUUUUCCACAUAGAGUAUCAUGUCGUCUGCAGAGAAUGAAAGUUUUACUUCCUCCUUGCUGAUUUGGGUGCCUUUUGUUUCUUUCUGCUGUCUGAUUGCUGAGGCUAGGACUUCCAACACUAUGUUGAGCAACAGUGGUGAGAGUGGACAUCCCUGUCAUGUUCCUGACCCUAUGGGGAAAGCUCAGUUUUUCCCCAUUGAGGAUGAUAUUAGCGGUGGGUCUUUCAUAUGUGGCCUUUAUGAUCUUGAGGCCGGAGCCUCAGCAGAAAGCUCCCUUAGUUCCGCCACCGCCGCCUCCACCACCGCCACCGCCUCUGCCAGACCCCACGCCCCCGGAGCCAGAGGAGGAGAUCCUGGGAUCAGAUGAUGAAGAGCAGGAGGACCCCGCCGACUACUGCAAAGGUGGCUACCAUCCGGUGAAAAUUGGAGACCUCUUCAAUGGCCGCUACCAUGUCAUUAGGAAGCUAGGAUGGGGACACUUCUCAACUGUCUGGCUGUGCUGGGAUAUGCAGGGGAAAAGAUUUGUUGCAAUGAAAGUUGUAAAAAGUGCCCAGCAUUAUACAGAGACAGCCUUGGAUGAAAUAAAAUUGCUCAAAUGUGUUCGAGAAAGUGAUCCCACUGACCCAAAUAAAGACAUGGUAGUACAGUUAAUUGAUGACUUCAAGAUUUCAGGCAUGAAUGGAAUACAUGUCUGCAUGGUCUUCGAAGUGCUUGGCCACCAUCUCCUCAAGUGGAUCAUCAAGUCCAACUACCAAGGCCUCCCAGUACGUUGUGUGAAGAGUAUCAUUCGACAGGUCCUUCAGGGGUUAGAUUAUCUACACAGUAAGUGCAAGAUCAUUCAUACGGACAUAAAGCCGGAGAACAUCCUGAUGUGUGUGGAUGAUGCAUAUGUGCGAAGAAUGGCAGCUGAGGCCACCGAGUGGCAGAAAGCAGGUGCUCCUCCUCCUUCGGGGUCUGCAGUGAGUACGGCUCCACAGCAAAAACCUAUAGGAAAAAUAUCUAAGAACAAAAAGAAAAAACUGAAAAAGAAGCAGAAAAGGCAGGCUGAGUUGCUGGAAAAGCGCCUGCAGGAAAUAGAAGAAUUGGAGCGAGAAGCAGAAAGGAAAAUCAUAGAAGAAAACAUCUCAUCUGCUGUACCUUCCAAUGAACAAGACGAGGAGUACCGUCCAGAGGGGAAGCUCAAAACUGCUGGCUUAGAGGAUGCAGCCGAGGGCGAGCCUGCGAAUGACAAGGGUGAGGCUGAGGACCAGGAAGAGAAAGAAGACACUGAGAAAGAAAACACUGAGAAAGAUGGAGAUGAUGUGGAACCAGAACUGACGAGCACAGACCCUGCGUGGAUAGAGUCCCCCAGAACCAACGGCCAUAUUGAGAAUGGCCCGUUCUUACUGGAGCAGCAGCUGGAUGAUGAAGAUGACGACGAAGAAGAUUGUCCCAAUCCUGAGGAAUAUAACCUUGAUGAGCCAAAUGCAGAAAGUGAUUACACAUAUAGCAGCUCCUAUGAACAAUUCAAUGGUGAAUUGCCAAAUGGACGACAUAAAAUUCCCGAGUCACAGUUUCCAGAGUUUUCCACAUCCUUGUUCUCUGGGCCCCUAGAACCUGUGGCUUGUGGUUCUGCACUUUCCGAGGGAUCCCCGCUUACCGAGCCUGAGGAAAGCAGUCCAUCCCAUGACAGAAGCCGGACGGUUUCAGCCUCCAGCACUGGAGAUUUGCCAAAAACAAAAACCCGGGCGGCCGACUUGUUGGUGAACCCCCUGGAUCCACGGAACGCAGAUAAAAUUAGAGUUAAAAUUGCCGACCUGGGAAAUGCUUGUUGGGUGCAUAAACACUUCACAGAAGACAUCCAGACGCGUCAGUAUAGAUCCAUAGAGGUUUUAAUAGGGGCAGGUUACAGCACACCUGCUGACAUUUGGAGCACAGCAUGCAUGGCAUUUGAGCUGGCAACGGGAGAUUAUUUGUUUGAACCGCAUUCUGGGGAAGACUAUUCCAGGGAUGAAGACCACAUAGCCCACAUCAUAGAGCUGCUAGGCAGUAUCCCAAGGCACUUUGCUCUAUCUGGAAAAUAUUCUCGGGAAUUCUUCAAUCGCAGAGAUCACAUAGCAUUGAUCAUUGAACUGCUGGGGAAAGUCCCUCGAAAAUACGCUAUGUUGGGAAAAUAUUCCAAGGAGUUUUUCACCAGAAAAGGAGAACUGCGAGUUAUGCAACCUUCAAAUGUGCAAGGAGAAUCUUGCAACUCCCUUCAGGCACUAAGACAUCAGUUAUGAGACUUCCUCCUUUUCAACAAUGCCCACCUAUCUAGCCCUGCCGUAAUAAUUAUUAGAACCAGGAUGGCUCGCAUAGGCUUGGCACCUUGCAGUUUUCCAAGGUUGACCCAUGGGGUCUCUCGUCUCUUCCGGAAAACCUUUUGCAUUCAUCAUGCACUAAGCCUCCAAGCUGGGGCAUUGAAUUCUUUUCUGGCCAAAGAUUGCAUCUGCUAUUAUUUACCCCAUCCCCCAGGGAAGAUGCUGCAAAUCCCAAGCCUUACAGCUGGGAAUACGGAAAUCUGGCUUUGCAAGCAUAUAAAAGGAAUCUUGACAAAGAGGGAGGGGUGUUCGCACACUGGCCUUCAUGGUCAUAGCGCAUUGGGCAAGGAGUUCUUCCCACCAGAGGUUGUGCUGUGGAGGCAAAGACAUGGUUUUGGACGCCAAAACCACAUUCAGCAGCUCCGCAUCAGGCAGGCCUUCCACCACUUGGGCUCAUUCACGUAUGCCGAGCAUGUGGUCUCCUAAUUGCUUUUACUCUCUAACCACCCCCCCCCAGCCCUUCCCCCACCUCACCCUUGUCCUUAAAUGAUUUUCCAGGUUCACACCUUAACCUCAUUAUAGGAUCCCAGUGAAUGCCAAGGCUUGCGUGGGUGGAAGAUUAUAAAUCAAAGAGCAGACACCGGUGGGGGGGGGGGGGGGGCGGUCCCCAGAGGAUUCAAGGGCCACAACUUAGAAACAAAUGGGCCUCUUUCAUCCCAGUGGAAUUUUUGUUGUUUUUCUAAAGCCUGCUGUUCCAGCAGGGCACUUCACCAGAAGCUAUGGUUUCUGGAACUUUUAGAAAGCAGAAGCACUAUUGUGUCCAUGUGUGUGUUCUCUGCAAGAGUUUCAACAAAACUGGGAGCCUAAAGAAGUUUGACUAAACAAGCCUCAGUUUCUCCCACAGAAAAAUAGGUUUCCUAUUGGAAAGGCAGCUGAAGCAUAUCAUCAACCAUCAUUUUCUUGGUAACUCAGAAAUUUCACGAAAUGACAGAAGGGGUCCGAUUCGAAAGAUCUGACUGUAAUUUAAGAAAAAUUAAAUCUUGUCAGUUCACCAUGAUCCAUGCUAGGGAAGGGUAUCCCUAGACAGAAUUCCAAUGGGACUUCAAUUUACAUUUGGUAAAUGUACAUUUAGCCAGAUUUCCAAAUGUACAUUUGGUUCAUUUACAUUUGGUUUUACCAGGCAUUUUGAUAGUUGAUAUUUUUAUAUGAGUGUGUCUGUGGUUCUGGAAGUUUACAAUUGUUUACAGCAAAUAACAAAGCUACUCAGUGAAGAUGCUGACAGGGCUGGAAUACUGUCCAAUGACUUUUCCAACCUCUGGACCAACUCUGCUUCUUGAGGGCUGCAAACAAAUUGGGUUUUGCCUCAGAGGAAGGCUUAAAUCCUGAUGCUGCUGUGUGAGUUUUAGAUUCCUUUUUUUGAACACCAGGAGAAAUGAAAUACCAAGUGCCUUGACCACGGAUGGCAUUAGAGAAUAACCUUGGAAGUUGUGAGGGAAUUCUCAGACACAUCUAGCAUUGCAUGAGCAGACUGGAGCUGCUAAUUAAUUUGGGCUUAGGAGAGCUUCAUCAACCUUUUAAGUUAUGACAUUUUCGAUAUAGAUUAUUAAGGGGCUCAGCAUGACCCAGGAAGGUCAUAGACUUGAGUCUGUGGCUGGAAUCCAGCCCCUGAGCAACUCCAUUCAGAAGGGAAGCCUAUUUUGUGCUCCCAGGAGAGGAAUUUACCAUACUGCUGGAGAGGCUUACGGCAAGAUGAUUUGUUGAGGCAGCCCCUCCUACAAAAACCUUUGGCACCAUGUGCACAAAUUCUGAACUGGGUAGGGGGAGAGCCCAAGUAUCCGUGGUCUGCUGAAAAUGCUAGAUGAAUUUCCACAGCUUUUUCAUCAUCCUUAUAAGCAUGUCUUAACUGGAUUAAGGACUCGCUCUUGAUUACUGAGGUAAAAUUGGACACUUACACCCAUAAACACAAAAAACUUGACUAACUCAGUUAUGUGUUCUUUCCAAACAACACAUUUGUUUUCAGGCCAGAAAGUUAGAACACAGAUUCCAACAAUGUGGAUGUUGUAUAUAUCAACUUCUACUUGCAACUUAGGCCAUAUCAAGCUGCAAGGGAAGCUGGGAAACUGGGGGUGAUCAUGUAUCUGGCUACAAAUUCUGUUAUUAUGUAAGAAAAGUACAGAGUAGAGAACAUCUAGCGGUUUCUACGAUUCUCUUCCUAUGGUUUUCAUGACCCGAACCUACUUGAUUAAUCAUUCCAAGCAUUGAGCUAGAAGCCCAUUGAAUUCCUUAUUUGUAAAAGACAUUGAAACUAGAGGCAGUUUUACUCUCUUAUUUUUAGAUUACAUAGGUAACACAUGUUUAUUCUUGGGGAGGGUGGAAUAGAAAAUACAAAUCAGCAAGAGUUUUAAGAAUUAGCAUCCUUAUGAAGCACUAUACUGUACACCUGAAACUAAUACUACACUGCAUGUUAACCGGAAUUUAAAUAAAAACUUGAUGGAUGGGGCACCUGGGUGGCUCAGUCAGUUAAGCGUCUGACUUCGGCCCAGGUCAUGAUCCCACAGUUGGUGAGUUCAGGCCCCGCAUCGGGCUCUGUGCUGAUGGCUCAGAGCCUGGAGCCUGCUUCGGAUUCCGCAUCUCCCUCCCUCUCUUCCUCUCCCCCGCUCAUACUAUGUCUCUCUCUCCUUCAAAAAUAAACGUUAAAAAAAAAAAAAAAA